GGUUGGUGAACAUGCGUGGGUCACAUUGAUCGUGAUCAAAUCUGUCAGUGUCAAUGGAAAAUAGUAUCUAAUGUUCGGUUAAUAAAAACAAUUAUGUACUCAAAGAAAUUUGGACGUCUGGUGUACGGGCUGUGCACGGAGACCAAGGCACUGCGUUCAGCAAACAUCAAAGGAUCGAGUUCCUCAGACACCUCAAUUCGUGUCUUAUCCUCUUGGACAGUUUGUAAACAUCAGAGAUACCACUCUCUCCAAAGCAAGCCCCAUGACAAGAGGGACAGUCAGCCAAACACACUCUGGAAUAUACGGCCUCAAGCUUCAAGCAUUCGUCAGGUUUCCCACACUACGGUGGACCCUGGAGAGGUGAAGAAGUUCCAGUCUCUAGCCGACAAGUGGUGGGAUCAACAAGGGGAGUUUGGGGCUCUGCACUCUAUGAACGACCUGAGAGUGCCUUUCAUCAGGGACAAUCUGUUGAGCAUCCAUGGCAGUGGAAGGCCUGGCAGUCCUUUGGCCGGCCUCAGGAUCCUGGAUGUUGGCUGUGGAGGAGGCCUACUUACUGAGCCGCUGGGUAGAUUAGGCGCAGACGUUCUGGGCGUUGACCCGGUGGAGGACAGCAUCCGCACUGCCGAGCUGCACUGCUCGUUCGACCCGCAGCUGCGGAGCCGCGUGCGGUACCGGGCCUGCACGCUGGAGGAGCUGGCCCAGGAGGAGGAGCCCGAGGCGGGCACAGAGGACUUCCACGCCGUGGUGGCCUCCGAGGUGGUGGAGCACCUGGCCGACCUGGACAUCUUCGCCAGCUGCUGCUACCAGGUGCUCAAGCCUGGUGGCUCUCUCUUCAUCACCACCAUCAAUAAGACCAACCUGUCGUACGCACUGGGGAUCGUGGCGGCCGAGCAGGUGUUGGGCAUCGUGCCAAGCGGCACGCACGACUGGGAGAAGUUCAUCAGCCCUGUGGACCUUGAGCGCCUCCUGGAGGCCUCUGGCUUCCAGGUGGAGUCGAUCCGAGGGAUGCUUUUCAACCCACUGUCGGGGUCCUGGUGCUGGACUGAGAGCACAGCCAUCAACUACGCCCUGCACGCUGUGAAGCGCUCCGAGGACUUAGAACCGCACCGGGCCCACGCUGAGACUGAGGAACCAGAGUAUGAGACACCUCCACGAGCAGCCGCCUCUGGACAGAACUGAGGGAGAGAGUGUGUGUGUGUGUGUGUGUGUGUGUGUGU